AUGACGCCUCUGAGUACGUCACCAACAACCGAGAAACAAAGUGCAAGAUAUGAGACGACUACAACUAAUACAAAAGGAAACGAAGGUUCUUAUGGGACGCCGACAAUUUCAAGGGCACAAACAACAAAAUUAACGACAACAACAGUUACGUCAACGGACACACAGCAAAUUUUGCUGGCAAAAACCAAGGCUACAUCAGAAUCCAACGCCAAUGAAACGACAUACACAGCGAAUUUUGAGGUGAGAUCUUCAACUUCAAAACAUUUCGAAGACCUGUUACCAAACGGACUGGAAAUGCAAAAAAUGCAGACGCUCUUCGAUUUGAAUGUAAGGGCUAAAGGAAUUUGAAUUCUUGUGUAUACGUCAUUGAUUUUUGUAGAUUUGGUCCGAAGAGGGCACCUGGGCGAAGAAGACACAUUGGCGGACCUGAUCCAGUGGCAAAAAACAUACCAUUUUGCACGCGGAAAGUAUCAAAAAAUGAAGCAAAAUACCUCCUUCUCCAAGCAAAAAAACUCCGAUUUCAAAAGCGCGUCCGCUCUUUUUGUGAGGAGUCCUUCAAAAAAGAUGGAGAGGGAGGCAUUUUGCAACAUUUUUGAUACUUCCAAGAUGCAAAAUGGCACAUUUUUUGCCACUGGAUCAGGUCCGCCACUGUAAAAGAACCGAUUUUUGGAAUGUGGUGACCAGAGAUUGCCACGGCUCAGAGCCGAGAGCCAGGCUUCUCAGCGUUCAGGAAAGUAAAAAUUUCGUGAUUUUGCUAAACCAAUUGCUUGAAAAACACGGGGAAGGAUGUGUUGCGUACCUACGACAAGGCUCAAAAACUUGGGUGUGUCAUCUCCGACACUAACAACUUUUAUCUUUGGAAAAAUUUCCAAAAAAAAUUCGCCUGGGAGCCAAUGUCCUUUUUAUAAUAAAUUUUACACGGGAGCCGGGAGCCAGAGCUGCAAAUUUGGCCUUGGCUCCGGCUCUGGGAGCUAAGAGCCGGAGCCGAAAUUUUGGCCGUGGCAAUCUCUGGUGGUGACCAAAAAACAUCCUUGAAACUACCACGUUCGCUAGUCAUUUUUUCCUCAAAGGGCCCUCAUUAUCUAGGUGUCACCAUUGCCCAGGCUCCCUUUUUCAACCAAAUUUUUAGAGUGCUGACUCCUCCGUAACGAUCAACGCCAAAACCUUGGAUGGCCUGCAUUCCACUGCUGCCCGCUUAACGGAAUUGCAACGAGAAGAGCUGUGCGUCUCCGCCGAUGAACUUAUCCGCGACUGCCGAUUUUCCGGCGCCACUUGUCGGCGGGAGUAAGUUUACUCUAUGAAAUCAGGGGUGGUCAGUGGGCCGGGCCGGCCGGGCUCAAAAAUGGAAAUUGACAAACGGGCCGGGCCCGUCACGGGCCGGGCCGCGGGCCUGGGGUUUUUCCGGCCCGGCCCGGCCCGUCUAAAUUACAAUGCCAAACCGUUGGCAUUCAUUGUUUUCGCGCCGGGAAAAUUAAUUGAUGUUGUUAUAGUUGCUGUUUCUCAAGUUCUAAAACGUUUACAAGUCUAUAGUUCCAUUAUAGAACCACAAAACUAUCACAUUGAUCCUUUACUAGCUAGAUCAACGCCUUUUUUGCCUAAGUUUAGAUCCCGAGCUUGGGCGCAGUUCGCAGAACCCUCUAUAGACGGGCCUGCACGGGCCGGGCCGGGCCUGGAAAAAGACUAGACGGGCCGGGCCGGGCCGGUCAAUUAGACGGGCCGGGCCGCGGGCCGAAAAUCGGAAAAAUAGGGUCCGCUGACCACCCUCUAUGAAAUUUCUGGUUCCACAGCAAUCUCUGACAGUGAUUUUCAGUUUCAAGCGCACUUACAACGUGGAUUACGGGUAUUGCUACACAGUCAACUACAAUCAAAGUUUUGCUACAAGAGUUGCGGGGAGGCAGCAAGGUAGUUCAAAAAAAUUGGAAAUGCUCAAAAUGCGACGCUCAGAUUUUGAUGAAACUUGGCUCAAAUUUAGAAUGAUUUUGCAUAAGAAAUAUCCGAGAAUCCUAGACCGCGUUUUCCAGAAACAACCGAGAUUUUUUGAUCGAACAUCGGCAAAAAUUUGAGACUUUUUUUGCAAAUUUUGAGAUCAAAACUUUCGUGCUUAUUUAUACUGUAAAGGCUAGUGUUCUCACAAAAAAUAGAUUUUUUCCGCGCAAAACUGGCAAAGAUAUGGCCAAAAAGCGUUUUUUUCUCUGACCGCUCUCCGCGUUUCGCAUGCUCUCUCGCCGGCAAAAAAUCCUUGAAUAUCUCGGCAGUCGCUGUAAAUUGCAAGCUGAAAUUUUUUGGAAUUGAUGAGUGACCAAUGUCCAAUGUGUGUGCAAAAUUUGAAGGGAAUCUGAGCGUCGAACUUGGAGCAAAUCCUUCUAAAUUUUUUUUCAAAAAAAAAAAUUCUAGCCUUGGAAUUGGUCCUGUAUUACCCGAUCAGCGAAUACCUCCCAAAUAUCGAAAGCACCGGCUUCAAAGUGCUCGUCCAUUCGGCGAAUCAACCGCCAUUCCCCGACAAUUUCGGCGAGUUGGUCAGGCCAGGGACGGAACUGAUUUUGAGGAUUCAAAAAGUAAGUCAUCAUAUUAAUAAUAUACGCCUAUUAGGAAAAUUUCGACCGUUUAUCAAGUCCGUAUGGCGAUUGUGAUACCCUCGAGUUGCUGGAGGGACGAGGACAGCGUUACUAUUACGAUGGGGACUUUACUACCGAGGUAUUACAAAACACUACAGUUGUGGCAAAAAACGUGCCAUUUUACAUCCGGGAAGUGUCAAAAAAUGUGGCAAAAUACCUCCCCUCCAAGUGAAAAAACUCCGAUUUCAAAGCCCUUCAAAAUCGAAGUUUCUUCGCUUGAAGAGGGAGGCAUUUAGCCAUAUUUUUUUGAUACUUCCCGGACCCCAAAUGGCAUGUUUUUUACCACUGGAUCAGGUCCGCCACUGUAUGAUAUAAAAUGGAUUAAUUUGUAACGAUUUAGGGCUGUCUGCGGUCCUGUUUCCAAGACCAGGUCUAUUCCAACUGCUCGUGCGCCGAUCCGCGAUUUUUCUACGACCCAGAAGAGUACUGUAGCAAGCUGGCUCCGACAGAAAGUAGGUUCCACUACCUCCUCUGUAGCUCACGAAUUUCCAGCUGCCUGUCUAACCAACCACAUACAAGUUUACGGCGAUUUUUACAAAAGCUCCUGCGACUGCAAGACCGCUUGUAAAGAAGAGGAGUAUCGCGCUGUCACCGCGACUUCUCAAUGGCCUGCCAAUGAUUUUUACAUGGCCGAGUGUGACCUUCGAAACUACACUGGUUGCGACGCUGACUAUCGGGAAAAUGGAGCGGCAAUUGCGGUGUUCUUCGACUCAACCAGUUAUAUUCGAAUCACCGAGAACCCAAAAAUCACGGUAAUGUUGAGAAGGGCAGUUUGACGGUUUGGUCCGAAGAUGGCACCUUGAGGAAAAGGUGAUAUGGUAAGAGGGGACCAAGGCAGAUUUUUUUAAUGAUUUUUUUCGAAUUGCCAAAAAAGUCAUAUCGAAGGGGAGGGAAGUCCAAGGCGGAUUUUUUUGAAUGUUUUUUUCGGACUGCCAAAAAAUUAUAUGGUAAAGGGGGACCAAAGCGGACUUUUUUAGAAUGUUUUUUUGGAUCGUUAAAAAAUGAUAUGGUACAAGGGGACCAAGGCGAUUUUUAGAAUGAUUUUUUUUCGGAUUGCCAAAAAAUGAUGUUUUAGGUAAGGACCAAGGCAGGUUUUUUAGAAUAAUCUUUUUUCGGCAAAUCAAUAGCAACCAAAAAAAAAAUCAUUCUAAAAAAGUCCGCCUUGGCCCCCCCCUUAGCACAUCAUUUUUCGGCACUCCAAAAAAUCUUUCAAAAAAAAUCCGUUUUGGUCCCCCCUUACCACAUCUCUUUUUCGUCACUUCAAAAAAAUCAUUCUAAAAAAUCCGCCUUGGUCCCCCCUUACCACAUCAUUACUCGUCACUCCAAAAAGUCAUUCUCAAAAAAUCCGCCCUGGACUAAAAAAGACGUGAAAAUAUUUUUGUCGGGAAAGAAAUGGGGAAAUUUUGGGGCGAGAGAGUACGGUUUUGCGCGCCUUUUUUCUGACUUCUCUGUGAAAUCAAGACGAAGUGUAAAAAACCGAUAGCGAAGAGUUGACUCUAUUCCGGUCAACGGACUGUUCAGUUUGACUUGAGGUGCCCUCUUCGGAGCUAACUCACUUGGACUUCUCUAAUAUUACUAAUCUUCGUCAUGUUUCAGACAAUCUCGCUGUUCAACGAGAUCGCCGGACUUUCGGGGCUUUGGCUUGGGAUCUGCUCCAUGUUCCUCGCCGAGUUACUAUUAUUACUCAUCCAAUUCUCAAUCAAUCUCCUCAAUUUUGAUCGCGAAUUGCCUGAAGUUCCCAGCUUUCGAUAUUUGAACAUUCAGAUGACUAGAAAUCGCCAAAAUUUGGCGAAUAAUCGACCUUAUUCAUCAAAGAGCCUUCCAAAUUUGGUCUUCCGGGAAUUUCCGCGUGUAACAGAUGCUGUAGCCAUGCCCAACAUGAUUUAUGUGGAUCCGUCAAAUGGCUAUGAUGUUCCUAAUGUAUUUUACAGCGAAAAACAGAAUUUCCUUUAUUUGGAAUAA